GCCGUGGCUAUUAGUAACGAGGUUACGCAUUGGGAUAAUUUUGAUCCAUGUAUUUCUUGGCCUAACCACACAAAAAUGGGCCAUGUCGAGGGAUUGUGGAAAGCGUUUAAGGUAUUUGUAUGUAAUUUUUAUUUUAUUUAAGUUAUUUAAUUUUUUGUUUCAUUUCAAUUGUAUAUUUUUUAUAUUUUAUUUAGGAAACUUGGAAACUUCCUGAAAAUGAGGCUACAAAAAAAUGGUUCAAUGAGACUGCUAACGGUCGUUGGAAAGAUGGAAAAACUAAACGAUUGAAGGCAGUCUUUGAUAGAGCUUCAGACCUUGCCACGGCUAAGGCAAAUUGUCCAAAUAGGAUUAGUGUUCAAACUUGGGAGAAACUAUGUGAUCAAUUUCAUUCUAUUUCCACUCCUGGUGUUGAUGGGAAGGUAAAUUAUAUAUAUUUAAUUUAUGGAAAAUGUUUAAAUAUAUUAAAGAGUUUUAAUUUUUUGUGUUAUUGUUCAUAGUCCAAAUCAACCAAAUGCAAGGAUUCGCGAAAGAAAGUCUCGACAGACCACCAUUGGGGUCGAACAAGUAUCAAUAGUUGGUCCCACAAUCAUGUAAGUAAUUUGAUCUAUAAGUUUAAUUUAUUUAAGUUUAAAAUAGAUACUUACUUUAUAAUAUUUUAGUAUAGUUUAAAAAAUUGGGCAAAAAUCCUACGGUGUUUGAUACGUAUAAGAAAGCAUAUAUGGGCAUUGAUGUACUGAGGGAAACCGGGCCAACUAUUAGUGAGGAAGGAGAUACAGAAGAACCGUAUAAUGGGAUAGCAACUCCUGAACAACUUCGCAUUUCGGCUGAUUUGGAACGAGUGUACGAUGAGACAAUUCGUGAUGGAAGUGACGAAAGCACGGCCAACUCAAUUGCGAUAGAAAAAGUGCUCGGAAAAAGCAAAGGGCUUGGAAUUAAGAUUGCAACCACCACAAAGAGUUCAAAGUCGAGAUUUUCUUCAAUUCUGCCGGAAGUGCAAAUGGAAAUGAAUUCAAUGAAAGAGCAAAUGCAACUUAAAGAUGAAAAAAUGGAAAGAUUGGAAGCGGAAUUGAAAGAAACCCGAGAAAUUGUGAACACCUUAGUCGGUCGUUUUGGACUACAAGCCUCGACAUCGACUCCUUCCAAUGAUGGUGGAGUAUAAAAAGGGAUGAAUUUUGUUUGGUUUUUGAAUUAAAGUUUGAAACACUACAUUAUAUGCUUUUAAGUUUUUAUGUACUUUUUUAAUUUAUGUUUUGUGCUA